CCCUGUUUCUCUGUACCGAGUUCAGCGACCGACCUUCCCUCCUCAACAUGCGCCAUUGAAAACAAACGUCUCUGAAACGGCUGGUGAUUCAUUUUAAUGCUAAGUAGUUAGUAGCAUUAUCUGUUCUUUUUAUAAACGUACGAUACAUUAAUAAACCAUGGAGACGAUUUUAGAGCAACAGCGUCGCUACCACGAAGAGAAGGAGAGGCUAAUGGAUACUAAAACUAAAGAAAUGCUACACAAGAAAUCAACGCUGCGGGAACAGAUUAACUCCGACCACAGAACAAGAGCGAUGUUGGAUAGGUAUAUGGACGUCAGCUUAAAUCUCAGAGACUCCUAUGAAGACAAAGAUGGGAUGAGAAAGGAUGAACUGGCUGCGAUCUCAGGACCAAAUGAGUUUGCCGAGUUCUACAACAGACUGAAACAGAUAAAGGAGUUCCACAGAAAACACCCGAAUGAGAUUUCCAUCCCCAUGUCUGCAGAGUUUGAUGAGCUGAUGAAGGCCAGAGAUAAUCCCACUGAGGAGGAGCAAAACCUGGUGGAGUUCUCUGAUGAGGAAGGAUACGGACGCUACCUCGACCUCCACGACUGCUACCUGAAGUUCAUCAACCUGAAGGGAGCCGAGAAACUGGAGUACAUCGCCUUCCUGUCUUCAUUCGACCAGCUGUUUGACAUCCCCAAAGACAGGAAGAAUGCAGAGUACAAAAAGUAUCUGGAGAUGCUGCUGGAGUACCUGCAGGAUUACACAGACCGGGUAAAACCUCUGCUGGAUCAGAACGAGCUCUACGGGAAGGUGCUGGGAGAGUUUGAGAAGAAGUGGGAGAACGGGACGUUUCCAGGCUGGCCCAAAGAGACAAGUAGUGCACUGACUCACGCCGGAGCUCAUCUGGACCUCUCUGCCUUUUCUUCCUGGGAGGAGUUGGCCUCUUUGGGUCUGGACAGAUUGAAGUCAGCUCUCAUGGCGUUGGGGCUGAAGUGUGGAGGGACUCUGGAGGAACGAGCUCAGAGGCUGUUCAGCACUAAAGGGAAAUCUCUGGAAUCACUGGACCCGUCACUGUUCGCCAAGAACCCCAAAGCCAAAGGCCCAAAGAAAGACACAGAGAGGAACAAAGAGAUCGGCUUCCUGGAGGCUCAGGUCUACGAGUACGUGGAGAUCCUCGGGGAGCAGAGGCAGCUGACUCACGAGAACGUCCAGAGGAAACAGGCUCGUACCGGGGAGGAGCGCGAGGAGGAAGAGGAGGAGCAGCUCAGUGACAGCGAGAGCGAGGACGAAGACAACGAGAUCAUCUACAACCCUAAGAACCUGCCUCUGGGCUGGGACGGCAAGCCGAUCCCGUACUGGCUGUAUAAACUCCACGGUCUGAACAUCAACUACAACUGUGAGAUCUGCGGGAACUACACCUACCGAGGGCCCAAAGCCUUCCAGAGGCACUUUGCAGAGUGGAGGCAUGCUCACGGGAUGCGCUGCCUGGGAAUCCCCAACACGGCUCACUUCGCCAACGUCACACAGAUCGAGGACGCCGUUUCCCUGUGGGCCAAGCUGAAGUCCCAGAAGGCGUUGGAGCGGUGGCAGCCGGACACAGAGGAGGAGUACGAGGACUCGAGCGGGAACGUGGUGAACAAGAAGACAUACGAGGAUCUGAAGAGGCAGGGUCUGCUGUAGACACGCAGGAUAAGCAACAAACAACCAACGAUCGUCCUUUAAGAUUCGCUAUAUUUUUUAUCAGCCAUGUUUCUUUUUAUUUGUAAGUAGAAAUGUUGUUUUACAGUCUCCCCCCCCUCCCCCCUUAUUCCUCCCUUUGAUAACGUUGUAAUGUGGCGACCAUCGAUCAUUAUAAUAAACUUUUGUCACACA